CAGCGCCGCGGCUGGCAGCGGGCGCGGCGGGCGCUGCCCAUGGGUUGGUCUCCGGGGUUGGGCGCACCGGGAGCCGGUAGGCAUGCCCCGGACACUGGGCACCUCCGACAUGGUCACUCCAGGCAGCCUCGGCCCACCCCGCCCUGAGCCCACGGAUGGUGAGCAGGCCGGGCAGCCCCUCCUGGAUGGAGCUCCAUCCUCAGCCUCCCUGGACGCCCUGAUCGAGCAGCUGGUGCCCAAAGCUGACUACUACCCUGAGAAAGCCUACAUCUUUACCUUCCUGCUGAGCUCCCGCCUCUUCAUCGAGCCCCGGGAGCUCCUGGCCCGAGUCUGCCACUUGUGCAUCGAGCAGCAGCAGCUGGACAAGCCAGUGCUGGACAAGGCCCAGGUCCGGAAGUUUGGCCCCAAACUGCUCCAGUUGUUGGCCGAGUGGACAGAGACGUUCCCGCGGGACUUCCAGGAGGAGUCGACCAUCAGUCACCUGAAGGACGUGGUGGGCCGCAUCGCCCCCUGUGACGAGGCAUACCGAAGGAGGAUGCAUCAGCUCCUGCAGGCUCUGCACCAGAAGCUGGCGGCUCUGGGCCAGGGGCCGGAAAGCCUGCUGGGCACUGACAAGCCCAUCUCCUACAGGAACAAGCCUCCAGCCUCUAUCCACAGGGAGCUCCUCAACAUCUGCAGUGACCCCUACACACUGGCUCAGCAGCUGACCCACGUGGAGCUGGAACGGCUACGACACAUUGGACCUGAGGAGUUUGUCCAGGCUUUUGUGAACAAGGACCCUCUGGCCAGCACAAAGCCUUGUUUCAGUGACAAGACUAACAACCUGGAAGCUUACGUGAAAUGGUUCAACAGAUUGUGCUACCUCGUGGCCACUGAGAUCUGCAUGCCGGCCAAGAAGAAACAGAGGGCCCAGGUGAUUGAGUUCUUCAUCGACGUAGCCCGUGAGUGCUUCAACAUCGGCAACUUCAACUCCCUAAUGGCCAUCAUCUCUGGCAUGAACAUGAGUCCUGUCUCAAGGCUGAAGAAGACCUGGGCCAAAGUGAAGACAGCCAAGUUUUUCAUCCUCGAGCACCAGAUGGACCCAACAGGGAAUUUCUGCAACUAUAGAACAGCCCUACGCGGGGCAGCCCACCGCUCCCUGACCGCCCACAGCAGCCGGGAGAAGAUCGUCAUCCCCUUCUUCAGCCUGCUCAUCAAAGACAUCUACUUCCUAAACGAAGGCUGUGCCAACCGCCUCCCCAAUGGACACGUCAACUUUGAGAAAUUUCUGGAGCUGGCCAAGCAAGUAGGAGAGUUCAUCACAUGGAAACAAGUGGAGUGUCCCUUCGAGCAAGACCCCAGCAUCACCCACUACCUGCACACUGCUCCCAUCUUCAGCGAGGAUGGUCUUUAUUUGGCUUCUUAUGAAAGUGAGAGCCCAGAGAACCAAACAGAAAAAGAGAGGUGGAAAUCUCUAAGGUCUUCUAUUCUGGGGAAGACGUGA